AUGUCGCUCGAGCAAGGUAUCCGUCUUCUCGACCCUAUCGGUCUCAUUUCAUGGAACCAAUCCAGCAGACACUUCAGGCGUCUCAUAAAUCUACAAAAGAAACAUCUAGUCGAGCGUCUUCUCCAACUCGAGAUUUCAAGUAACCACGGCGGUCCAACUCUCAUUUUCCGAUCGAGAGACAGCAAGUUCGAUCCUGAUUGGCAAGACGCAGCUUGGGAAUCAAUGCGUUGGGCUUGCACCGAGUGCCUUCGUCUUCUUCCUCACAAAUGCUUUGAUAACCAUUCCUUACUACGGCUAGGGUUCUGGAAGCCUCUUCCGGACUCUGAUGCUGCUCGCAUGAUCACUACCUGGGAAAGCAGCCCUGUGUGGCGGCCUCAGCAUCGACUGAUGCGAGGCUCUGAGGCAUAUCGUUUGGAGAAAAGCAGACGGGUGCUUUACCUUUCCGCGGUGACAAAAUGUGUCAUGUGUGAUGUCCAGGGGAAUCCGGCUGAGCACUUGGACGUUUUAAACGUGUUAGGCUUGGUUGGGUUUGAAAGGCUCUUUGAGAAAGAGUUUCGCGAUAUGGACGAUGACGAACAACUGGAGCUGUUUGAUGAAAUGGCGCUGUCCAUUGAGAACGAAGAAUGUGGCAAGAAGAGAUAUCUUCGGAACUGUAAUGAGUGUCGGUUCCGCAAGAGCCUCUUCUCUUAUACUCGGUUUGCGGGCAAUCGUGGCAGUCAACACUUUCCCAUCGUCCCGUCUCGGCAAGUCUCUUUUGCGACAGAUCUAGAUCGUCAUUUCCCAGGAUUCUUGAGUACAUUGAGAAGCAAGAAACCGUCCGCCCGAAAUACCAACGGCACUGGACGUCUGUAUCCGAUGUACAUGGCACGGUGCCCCGGAUGCGAGAGCUGGCAAGAGAUUCGGUCUUUUCGCAAAGAAGGGCUCCAUAAUGGAUGGAGGUACAGUCUCCACGGGGAAACUGAGUCGCUGGGCCAAGAUCGGGACAGGAUGUGCUGCAACAGGUGCUUCGUUGACACCAUUGGCCGAGGAGAACUCGCUGAGUAUCUGAAGAAAUGGAUUGUGGGAUUGCUUGACGAGAAACUCGGUUUCUUUUCAUCACUCUUGUGCCAACUAUUCAAUUCCCAACACUUCACGCCCGUUGGCCACCUCCCAGAAGCUGAAGCUAGGGAGUGGAGAGCACUCCUUGAGCAGACGCCGUGGUUUAACGCAGGCAACAACUCGAACUUUUCACGCGAAGCUCUUGACCUUAUCAACACCCGUCGCAGACAAUGGAAAGAGCUGUUGGAUCGAGCGAAAGAGAGCAAUGCUGAAAAUUCGCUGCCCCAGAUUCUUGAUGACCUUUACAACAAGUGGAUCCGUCAUUCAGAUACCGUUGAAAGCAGAUGGAAGUGGUUGAUGGGUUGCAAGGAGGAGAUUGAAGGUUACCCCGAGCUUUUGGUUAAUUGGGCUCUUGACCGAGACGGGGCUGCAUUUACGUAG